AUGGCUUCACUUUCUUCAAAAUCCAAUCACGUUCGAUCAAUCAGUUUGCCUGGGAGAUCACACCCUACCAUCCAGAGAGUUGAAGAGGAGCUAAACAAGCUCAAAUCAUUGGAAGUAUCUGUUGCACCAACAACAGUGACCAAUGGUCUAAAAGGUUUGGAGAAAUUGUACAAGUGCAUAGAUGAUCUUCUCAACUUGCCUCAAACCCGUCAUGCCCUCUCCCAGAGUCUACAUGCAAAAUGUGUUGAAGAUCUAAUGGAUAAAUCAAUGAGGCUUCUUGAUCUGUGUGGCACUGCAAGGGAACUUGUAUCACAAUGCAAAGAAAAUGUAAGAGAUCUCCAAUCCUCCCUCAGGAGGAGAAAAGGAGAUUCAACCACAGAUGGCAACGUUACCAGAUUUACCGCUUUCAGCAAGAAGAUCAAGAGGGGUGCCAAAAGAUUAGUAUUGACCUUGAAACAAAUGGAUCAAGACACUACAGUAUCUGCUUUGCUAGAUGCAGAUCAAGAUACAAUAGCUGUGAUUAGAGCACUAAAAGAAGCUAAUGCAGAAUGCAUUUCAACUUUCCAAAUGCUCUUGUCCUUCUUGUGUGUACCACUUUUGAAGCCUAAGCCAUCUAAAUGGUCACUGCUUUCAAGAUUGGUAAACAAAGAAAGAAUAGCAUCACUUGUCUUAGAAGAAAACAUGAGCUUAGAAACCAGGCUCGAAAGCUUUGAGACUUAUCUUGUCAGCUUCGAAGAUGGAUUGGAAGCAACAUUUAGAUGCCUGAUUAGAUCUAGAAGCUCGCUACUCAAUGUUUUCUCCUGCUAA